AUGUCGACAGAACCAAAGGCCGAUCCGACAGCCAGCAAUGUGCCCGACUGGGUGCAGCCCGACCUAUUUGAGGAUGUUCUGAAGGAGACGGUGCAAGGCUUCUCCAAAAUCAAGAGUUUUAAAGUCAUCAGAGGGUCGGCAGCAGGAGAAAACUAUACUACUAUAAUGUUUCGACUGCAUAUUGUUGUCGAAUUGGAGGAUGGUAAGGAGAAACUAGUUUCGUACAUGCUCAAGGUACCGCAUCAGAUGGAGAUCUUUCAGAAGUUUAUGGAGAUUAACAACAUCUUUGUCAACGAAUUCGACAUGUACAAGACGAUUGUGCCUGAGCUGGAGCAAAUCUAUCGGGAUGCUGGUAUAGAGGUGAAAUUUGGUGCCAACGCAUAUGAGCUGAAGGGAGUCCAGUCUGAUUAUGUACUGCUUGAGGAUCUAGCACCUAAGGGCUUCAGGAAUACCAAUCGCAUUGAUGGCCUGGAUCAGGACCAUGUUGAGUGUGCUCUCAAAAGGCUGGCGAUGUGGCAUGCCGCAUCCAUGGUACGUGUAGCUACCAAGGGUGACUAUCCCGAUUACAUAGUGCGUUCCUACUACAAGAAAGAACUGAUUCCCAUUCUAACUGACGUCAAUACAAGUCUUGCCCAAAACUUUCUUAAAGCGUGUAGGAAGUACGAAAACAAUGAGGAGUACAUAGACAAAAUAGUUGAGUUGGUACCCAAAAUAACUGAAGAAAUAUUCAAAAUGGCAGUGGUCGACACAAACUUCUUGAAUGUCCUAAACCAUGGUGACUUUUGGAGUAACAAUAUGAUGUACUCUUACGACUGCUUUGGCAAAAUCAAGGACCUUAUGUUGGUGGAUUUCCAAGUUCCGAAGUGGGGCAGUGUCGCACAGGAUCUGAUAUAUUUCCUGAUAUCGUCGACCAAAUUCGACGAUAAGCUUACCAAAUUUGACAGCAACAUCAAGUUUUAUUAUGACAAUCUAGUUGAGAAUCUGAACAUAUUAAAGUACUCCAGAAGCAUGCCUCUACUACGCGAGCUGCACAUAACGAUCUACAAGUACGGCUUCUGGGGUUACUUGACCGCCACUGGCGCAAUGAGCACCGUUCUAGUGGACUCUACGGAUACGGCCAGUUUUGAGAACUUUCUCAGCGACUCCACGGAGGGCACCGAUUUCAAGAACCUGCUUUAUACUAAUUCACGAUAUCUGAAACAUAUUCAGGCCGUGUUGCCCUGGUUGCUUAAUCGUGGUGCACUUCAGGGAUUCUAA